AUGACGGGAACGGAGCGGAAAGUUUUUCAGAAAUACUAUCCACCAGAUUUUGAUCCUUCGAAAAUCCCACGUGCUAAAGGUCAGCGUAAUAGGCAAUUCGUUCAGCGCGUAAUGGCACCUUAUAAUAUGCAGUGUAAUACAUGUCAUGAAUAUAUAUACAAGGGAAAAAAGUUCAACAUGAGACGAGAGACCGCAGAAGGUGAAACGUAUUUGGGCUUGAAAAUUUUUCGCUUUUAUUUUCGUUGUCCAAAUUGUUUGGCUGAAAUUACAUUCAAAACGGAUUUGGAAAAUUGUGAUUAUCAGCAAGAGCAUGGAGCAACUCGCUUGUUCGAAGCCUUCAAGCUAUAUCAACAGGAAGAAAAAGCUAAAGAAACAAAAGAAGAGGAAGAGAAAAAAGAUCCUAUGAAAAUGCUUGAAAAAAGAACGAAGACGAGUAGAGCUGAAAUGGAAGCUUUAGGGAAGCUAGAAGAAUUACAAGAAACAAAUCGACGUCAUGAAACAUAUGGUCCAGAUCAGUACUUAAGGCGUUUGGCAGAAGAGCAGGCGGAAGCUUUGCGAGAGCAAGAAGAAAAAGAUGAACAGUUUAUUCGAAAAUUAUAUGGAAGGACUGAAGAUGGCAAAAUUAUUAAACGAAUAUUGGAUGAUGACGAAGACAUCAAUGUAGAAGUAAAAGUUAAAUCGGAAAUCAAAUGUGAACCUUCAGAAAGCCAAGAACCAAGUUGUUCUUCUCUUAAUACAGAGAACUGGACACCGAAUGUUUCGAAACAAGGCUCGACAUAUAUAGCGAGUAAGCGACCUUCACAAAAAGAAAUCUUGUCAAGGGUUAUUGCUAAAAAGCAGCAUAUACAAAGAGCUGAACAGGCAGUUGUGAAAAUCGAAGUUGCGGAGGUGGCAAACAGUUCUGUAUGUAUGAAAGUGACGACUGUUGAAGAAGAAGGAAAACCAAAAAUGAUUGUUGAAAAGCCACAUGCUACUGUAUCAAUUUCAUCUGCACUGCAGGAUCUGAAUAAUUAUUCUAGUGGCUCCAGUAGUGAAUAA